UUUAUUCAUUAUUUGAUUUUUCUAAUUGAAAUUGAAAAGGAAAAAAAAGGCGAAACAACUUUCGAUAUCCAGCCGGUCUUUUUCUCUCUCUUUGUUGAUCUUUCUUCGUCACUAAACAAUUUUCGCUCUUUUUGCUAUCGGGAAACUGAUUUUACACGUAUUCUAACCCUAAUCGACAUUCAGCAAACGAGCUCACCCCUACAUUCCGAAAUUUGCCUAUCAAACACACCAGCUAAAACCUGAUCUUGAGGAGUUGGAUUAGCACCAGGCUGGUGAUGGGGGCUUUUAUAUCAAAAUUUUGGUUCAUGUUAUUCCCCGCAAAGGAGUAUAAGAUAGUGAUUGUUGGUCUGGAUAAUGCUGGAAAGACAACUACUCUUUAUAAGUUGCACUUGGGAGAGGUGGUUACAACUCACCCUACAGUUGGUAGCAAUGUUGAGGAGCUUGUCUACAAAAAUAUUCGAUUUGAGGUUUGGGAUUUGGGCGGGCAAGAUAGACUGAGGACGUCAUGGACCACUUAUUACCGAGGAAGCCAUGCUGUUAUAGUGGUGAUAGACAGCACUGAUAGGGCUAGGAUUUCGAUCAUGAAAGAUGAGCUCUUCCGGUUGCUUCCUAAUGAGGAUCUUCAGCAAGCUGUUGUUCUUGUCUUUGCAAAUAAACAAGAUCUGAAGGAUGCUAUGACUCCAGCAGAGAUAACCGAUGCUUUGUCCCUUCACAGCAUUAAGAAUCAUGACUGGCAUAUUCAAGCUUGCUCUGCCCUCACCGGUGACGGGUUGUAUGAUGGAUUAGGAUGGAUUGCCCAACGGGUUUCUGGUAAAGCUACGAGUUAAUACAAACUCGGAACUAUUGUCGUUUGUUAACCCCUUUUUUUCUCUUUUUUUUUCUCUUGAUUAUACAGGUGCAAAUGUACUGUUUGAUUUUGUAAUAAGUUUAUAUGUGGAUCAAGAUUCAAAUAGAUACUUGCCAAAAUUGGAAUUUCUAUUGAAGUUCUGUAUUUUUCUGUAUGAGGUAGCUCUUCAUCACUGGUCACAUUUUCUUUCUUUUGCUGGGGGGCCUGAAGUAAGGUGCUGCUACUUGCAGUUGUGGCCAAAUGUGUGCAAAUUGUUGCAUACAUCUUGUUCUUGAAAAACCUAAUUUAUUUCUAAAGAGCACCACUAUUUUCAAAUACAACAAUGUUAUCUCUACGAUGCUGAAUGACUCAAGUGUGCAAUUGUAUUCUUGUAAAAUACAAAGGAGUUGUAUCUGAUUGAUUUUUUGAUUUUAGAAAGCGUAAAUGGUUUAUUGAGCCAUUUUAGUGUAUCAAUCAAUACUUAAUAUAUACUAUAGGGAAACAUUUGAGUGUCAUGUGUAAUGAAUUAAUUUCUUUCAUGCCUUAUUACAAGAAAUAACUAUUUUUGUAAGAGACAGUCUCUCAAAGAAAUAGACCUCAAA